AUGGAGCACCAACUACACUACUUUGCAGGCCAAGAGGCCUUCCCACCACCACUUCCGAACCACUUGAGCCCUGAAUACUCGCCCGCCCUCACCAUGAUAGAGCAGUUUGCAGCAGACCUCUUGCGCAUGGACGAAGAACACCUUCAGCAUCGCAAGCAAUCCGCACCCGAAAUUCCAUCCCCAUUCCCCGAUGAUGACCAAACAAGCGACUACACUUUGUUCGGCAAAAUGAGGACCUGGUAUCGACGAUUCUCCCAACGAAGCAGGACUAGCGACGCCAGUCUCUGA